CUAAGCCAAUAUUAUGAUAUCUUCAUCUCUGAAGGUUUCGAUUCGAUUUCUUCGCUUCUAGAAAUCACAGAAGAAGACAUGAUUGUGAUGAAUAUCAAACGCGGUCACAGAAGGGUACGUGCAACAGACAACAAAAAAAGCAAAGGGAGAAACAGCAGUACUAAUGAAAUUAUACCAAACCAAACGAUCAUACGAAGUACUAGCAUCUCGUCCAAUGAAGAUAACGAAUCUGUUCAGAGUGAUUCAACAGCGCCCAAACGCAAAUACCGUCGGCACGCAAAACCAGAUCGAAAUGCACCCAUCAAGCCUCCAUCAGCGUACAUCAUGUUCUCGAAUGAUUCGCGUGCAAAACUAAAAGACCAAAACCUAUCAUUUGCUGAACUAGCAAAGGUCGUUGGCGAACAAUGGAAGAACCUGAGUUACUAUGAGAAGCAAGCCUAUGAGCGAAAGGCCAUGCGUGCAAAAGAUGAGUACCUUGCCGCGCUCGAACGAUACCGUGAGACGGAUGAGUAUAAGCGAUAUCAGCAGUAUCUCAAGGAAUUCAAAGCCAAACAAGAGUCUGCCAACCGU